GUCCAAGGCAGAGUCAGCGCUGCCCGUGGAAGACCACGUCCGCCCUCCUUGCCUGUUCCUCCCUCUCUCUUUCUCUCUCCCUCAGUCUCCACACACACCGCCCCAACAGCUGCAAUCUGGAAGAAAUUACUCUCCCAAACAGCCAAUUCAGGAAAUUCCAAGCUGGGCAGGGGGAGGGGCCGGGCUGGGGGCGCGCCCCGCGCGUCCCCCACCCCCUUCUGCGUGUCCUCCCGAGCACACCCAGUCCCCGCCUCCUCCCGCCCCUACGCUCAGCCCGGAGGGGCCUCAGCUUUUCCACCGCUGCUUUCUAGUCCUUGAAAAAUCCUAGAGGCAAACUUUUUGGAAGCUUGGUGGGGAGUAAGGAAGGCUGGGCGGGGCCUGUGCCUUAACCCUGUCUGCCCCAGACGGACUGCGCUGGACCGACCGAGCGGCGACUCCGCGCCCGUUUGGGCUCCUACCAUGGCCCCCGAGAGGGGCUGACACUUCGGUUCGGGCGCAGGUGAGGUCCGGCCAGGAGGAAGGAGGAAGGACGGCACGGGCCUGGGAACCGCAGGCCCAGGCGGGCUCCGAACCCAGGGCGCGGCGUCCCAGCCUGAGCCGAGCCUGAGCGCGCCGGGCCGGCUCCACGAGGACCCCGAGGCUGAGGUCGGAGAAGGCUGAAAAACACCGCAGAACUGGUGAAUCAAGACUGGGUUUCUCAGAGAAAUAAAUGAUGCCGGUGCUGAAGCAGCUGGGCCCCGCGCAGCCCAAGAAGCGACCGGAGCGCGGCACCCUCUCCAUCUCCGCGCCUCUCGGCGAUUUCCGGCACACGCUGCACGUGGGGCGCGGUGGCGAUGCCUUCGGGGACACGUCGUUUCUGAGCCGCCACGGUGGGGGGCCGCCCCCCGAGCCCCGGGCGCCGCCUGCCGGGGCCCCGCGUUCCACACCCCCGCCCGCCGUGCCGCAGCCGCCGCAGCCCGCUCUCCGCGCGCCGGCUCCCGCCGACCCGCUGUUGUCCUUCCACCUGGAUCUGGGCCCCUCGAUGCUGGACGCAGUGCUGGGCGUCAUGGACGCGGAACGCCCAGGGGCCGCGGCCGCCAAGCCCGACGGGGACCCCGGGUCUGGGCCUCAGCGCCCCAGGGCUCGCUGCCGCCCCGACGCGGAUCUCGAGCUGGACGAUGUCAUCGGCCUGUAGGCUGUGGGUUCCCCGCGCCCUUGGUGUCCUGCACCCCACUUCUUUAUACAUAAACGGCCAAGGUCUGU